AUUCACAAUGCAUCUUGGGACAAAGAAGCUGUCGUUGAGGCGUAUUGAAAAGUCCGUGGACGUGAGAUGAUUUUUUUUGCCCACAAUUUGUCAAAUAUUGUUUUGAAGAACUACUAGUUGGUAAUAACAUUGAUAACAAACUACUAAGAGGCCGUGCGUGCGCAGCAGGGAGAAAUGGGAGCUGAUAAAAGAAUUAGUCGCACAGAGCGUAGCGGUAGGUACGGCUCUGACCAGUCCCGUGAUGAAUCAGAAUGGCGUGACAGACGAGAGAGGGACCAAGACCGUGAUCACAACAUGCGCCGCUGGAACGACGAGAGACGUGUUGAGCGUCUUGACGGAGAACGUCGAGGAUCGAGAGAUAGUCCAGAGCAAAGAGAAAGGAAACGACGCAACAGUGAUAGGUCAGAAGAUGGUUAUCACUCUGAUGGCGACUACCCAGAGCAGGAUUACAGAAGGGAGCCAGGGGAGGAGAAGAAGAGCAAGACCAUCAUGCUCUGGGGCCUGUCUCCUCAUGUCAGUGAGGACGAUAUUCGUUUUGCCAUAGACCAAUUGGAGGGACCACAGCCAGUGGAUGUCAGACUGAUGAAAAAGAAAACAGGUAUAAGCCGUGGUUUCGCCUUCGUGGACUUUUAUCACUUGCAAGAUGCUACCCGAUGGAUGGAGACCAAUCAGAAACGUCUGACCAUCCAAGGCAAAAGCGUGGACAUGCACUACAGUCACCCCAGGAACAAGUAUGAAGACUGGCUCUGCAACACUUGUGGCCUGUACAAUUUCCGGAGGAGGCUGAAGUGCUUCAGGUGUGGAGCAGCCAAAGCUGAAAGUGAAACCAGCAAUAAUACUGGAGCCUCCGAAACUCAACCCAGUGGAGAUUUCUAUGGCGACACAAUCAUCCUGAGAAAUAUUGCUCCUAUGACCACCGUGGAAGCCAUCAUGACAGCCUUGGCACCAUAUGCUAAUCUUUCAUCAAACAACAUUCGCCUCAUCAAGGACAAGCAGACAGGCCAGAACAGAGGCUUUGCCUUUGUACAACUGUCCUCUCCUCUGGAGGCCUCUCAGCUGCUGACCAUCUUACAGGGAUUGCAGCCACCUCUAAAACUGGAUGGAAAAACUAUCGGGGUGGAUUAUGCUAAGAGUGCUAGAAAGGACCUUUUACUACCUGAUGGGAAUCGAGUCAGUGCCUUCUCUGUGGCCAGUACAGCCAUUGCUGCAGCCCAGUGGUCCUCAACACAGCCACAGCAGAGCUCAGAUGGAUUAUCAGAGUACAGCUACCUACAAGAGGGCUAUACUCCAAUGUCACAGGACUACCAGAUGUACUACCAGCAAGGAGCCAGCACCUCUCAGGGAAAUGGCAUUCUAGGAGCCGCCCCGGGUGUAAAGAUUGUACCAACUCCAGCUGGAGUAGUGAUAUCACAGACUGCACAAGUCUACCAACCCCAUAUAAUUGUGCAGCCUGCAGUUCAGGCUUUACCACUUGCCCAGCCAUUAGAGACAAAACCCCAGACCGGACAUCUUUCAGGCAUUGAAGCUGCAUCUGUGCCUGUUGCCCCUGUUGCUGCUGCCACCGUUACUGCUGCCAGUACAUUAAUAACCCCAGGACAGACAACUGACACCAGCAGUGCUACUCCUGACACGUCCUCCUAUCAGUAUGAUGAAUCCUCUGGCUACUAUUAUGAUCCUCAAACUGGCCUGUACUAUGACCCCAACAGUCAUUAUUACUACAACUCUCAGACCCAGCAGUAUCUGUACUGGGACAGUGAGAAGCAGACUUAUGUACCUGCCUCAACCGACACAAAUCCUGGACUGAAUGAUAACGCAGCAGCAGGCAGCAAAGAACCUAAAGAGGCCAAGGAGAAAAAGGAAAAGCCCAAAAGCAAGACUGCUCAGCAGAUUGCUAAAGACAUGGAAAGGUGGGCUAAAACUCUGAACAAGCAGAAAGAGAACUUCAAGAGUAGCUUUCAGCCUAUUAGUCAAGAAGAGAGGAAGGAGGCUGCAGCUGCUGAUGCUGGCUACAUACUGUUUGAAAAGAAGCAGGCAGGAGGUCUAGACAGACUUAUGCCAGAGAUGCCAAGGUGCCCUGAAGAGGAGCCACCAGCCAGCUCAGUCAACACUUCGAAGUGUGGCCUUGUAGCAGCUUACAGUGGAGACAGUGACCCUGAGGAGGGGACAGCUGAGCCUGAUGGUGGUGACGGAGGCCAGGACAAGCUGACAGACUGGUCAAAGUUGGCCUGCUUGCUGUGUAGGAGACAGUUUCCCAACAAAGAGAGUCUAGUUCGACAUCAGCAACUCUCUGACCUCCACAAGAAAAACCUGGAGGUUCUCCGCAGAUCCAAAAUGAGUGAAGCAGAGCUGGAAGAGUUGGAGAGGAAAGAGACAGAGAUGAAAUAUAGAGACCGGGCAGCUGAGAGGCGAGAAAAAUAUGGCAUCCCUGAACCCCCAGUGCCCAAAAAGAAGAAAUUUAGCCAACCAACACCGGUCAUUAACUAUGAACAGCCCACUAAAGACGGCCUUAACAGUGACAAUAUUGGCAACAAAAUGCUGCAGGCCAUGGGCUGGAAGGAGGGUAAAGGUCUCGGUCGGAACCAGCAGGGCAUCACUACACCAAUUGAGGCACAGUUGAGAACAAAGGGAGCAGGACUUGGCACUAAAGGCACCAACUACACCCUCUCUGCUUCAGACACAUACAAAGACGCAGUCCGCAAAGCCAUGUUUGCUCGCUUCACCGAAUUGGAAUGAUUCGUUAGUAGAGCUGCAAUGAAUAAUUGAUGAGUAGACUGAAAGAAAUUUAAUUGUCCACUAUUUUGAUAAUUGGUUAAUCGUUUUAGUCAUUAUUUAAAGCAAAAAUGUCAGACAUUUGCUGGUUCCAGCUUUUGAAAUGUAAGGAUUUGCUGCUUUUCUUUAUCAUUUAUGAUCGUAAAUGAAAGAGUCUUUGGGUCUUGAACAGCUGGUUGGAUAAACGAAGCAGUUUGAAGACCUUGUGCUCUGGGGAAUUGUCAUGAACUUUUUUCAUUUCAUAUUUCUUUUGACAUUUUAUAGACUAAACAAUUAUUCAUGAAAAGAUUGAUCGUUAAUCAAAAUAAUCAUUGCAGCCCUAGUUGUUGGUCUCAAAGUCAAAUGAUUAAUGACAUGUGAACUGUCGGGGAAACAAAAGAGGUUCUCCUCUAAUGAUUUCACUUUGUUUAUGAUACAUGAUGUUUAUGUCUCUUGCCAUAAUGGUUCAACAGGCAAUAGGAAACUUCUGAUGGAGGUGUAUUAAGAUGGUGAAUAAUAUUAUUUAUAAAUUGUACAUAGGCACAGUAAGUAUACUUCUCUUGUUUACAUAUUUCUUCUGUGUUAAUGAAUUUUUUUGUCUCAGCAUGUUGAAAGGAUUGUACAGUUUAUACAAAAAUCUUGUCUGUCUGUACAGAAAAUAAAUGACAUACAUGAA